AUGUCCAUCACCGGCAACUCUAUGUCGAACCCUUACUCGAGCGUUAGUGACCUCUUGAGUAAUGUCCGCAACUUCAAGAUCAUAGAAUGCAAUGCGACGAUGCUUUCUGAAUUUGGUUGUGACUAUAUUGAACUUACGAAUCCAGCUGCUAGCCCGCAAUCUCGCGACGACUGCGAAGCCAUCUGCAAGCUCGGCCUUAAGGCCAAGAUUCUAACCCACACAAGAUGCACUCUAGAGGACGCCAAGCUUGCGUGCGACUGCGGAGUUGACGGUGUAGAUGUUGUGAUCGGGACGAGCCAAUUCCUACGAGAGCAUUCCCUUGGCGGCAAGGACAUGGUAGCUAUUACCAAGCAGGCUAUCGAGGUUAUCGAGUAUAUCAAGAGCCGAGGCUGCGAGGUCCGCUUCUCGAGUGAAGACUCUUUCCGGUCGGAUCUAGUCGAUUUGCUCUCCAUUUACCGCGCUGUUAAUAAUGUUGGUGUCGGAAGGGUGGGCGUUGCCGACACCGUGGGCUGUGCUUCUCCGAGACAAGUUUAUGACCUUGUUAGAACCCUUCGAGGCUGUGUCUCGACCGAUAUCGAGGUUCACUUCCACGAUGAUACAGGCUGUGCUGUGGCGAACUCCUUCACUGCCCUCGAGGCUGGUGCUACACACGUCGACACAUCUGUGCUUGGAAUUGGGGAAAGAAAUGGCAUCUGCCCACUUGGGGCCCUCAUGGCUAGAAUGAUGCCGACCAGCAGGGAUUACAUUCUCUCCAAGUAUAAGCUUCACCAGCUCAAGGCUAUUGAAGAUUUUGUCGCAGAAGCUGUUGAAAUCAACGUGCCAUUUAACAACCCAAUUACUGGGUUUUGCGCCUUCACACACAAGGCUGGUAUCCACGCUAAGGCAAUCCUUAACUCCCCGUCCACCUAUGAGAUCCUCAAGCCCGAGGACUUCGGUCUAUCAAGUGUCCAUUUCACAUCUCGACUUACUGGGUGGAAUGCUAUUAAGAGUCGAGUUGACCAGUUGGGCCUCGAUGCAAAUUCCUGGCCAGAGGACAAAAUUCGCGAGGUUACGGCCAAGAUCAAGCAGAUAGCAGACCUCAAGGUAAUGACCCUUGAUGAGACUGAUGCCCUAAUUCGAUCCUUCCACCUUGACCUACAGAAGGGUCACGGUUAA